AUGUCUGGCCGCCGUGCCCUUCGUGCGCAUGAAGAGGACUCGCCUGACUCGCUGCGCCCCGCCAUCCCCCCCACGGCGGUGAGCAAUGCGACGCCGACGCGCCAGCGUCCCCGCAGCGGACUUGUGCUGGAUAUUUCGGAUCGCUCCACUGCGACUGGGCAUAGCAUGACACCCACGGCGAACGGCGUUCCGCUCGUGGAGGCGAGCAGUAGCCGCAAGCGUCCAUACAGCGCAGAGCCAGACGACUAUUUACAUAUCCCUGAUAAGAACCCAAACGCGCGGUCCAGGCAUCCGACGUGGCGUGGCUGUAUCAACGUAUUGACCCUGCUUUUGAUUGCCUGUGCACUGAUCAUGCUGUUUGCUGGAUACCCGAUCAUUGCGAAUAUCGACAAGCUCUAUGGGCGCACCAAUGUCAAUGGAAAGCAGCAAGUCAAAGCGGAUGUGCAGCAGCUGCCUGUCCGCCAGUUGAUUGACACUGACACGCCUACGGAGGCAAAGACACGUACCAGUGAAACCUCCAAUGCCAAGUACGAGCUUGUUUUUUCCGAUGAGUUCAACCAAGCCGGACGUACCUUUUGGCCUGGUGACGAUCCUUUCUGGGAGGCAGGCAACUUUUGGUACGGCGCCACGUUUGAUUAUGAGUGGUACACUCCAGAGGCCAUUGUCACUACCACUGAGCCGAAGAGCGGUGCUGGUGUACUGGAGAUCACGCUUGACCAAGAGAUUGAGCAUGGCCAGUUCUUCCGCUCGGGUAUGCUUCAGUCGUGGAACAAGUUUUGCUUCCAGGGUGGAUAUAUCGAGACGAGGGUUAUGUUCCCUGGUGGACCGCUCACCAAGGGCUACUGGCCCGGUUUCUGGCUGAUGGGCAACCUCGGCCGCCCUGGCUUCCCUGCGUCUAACGACGGUAUGUGGCCGUACGUGUACGAAGAGUGUGACGUGGGCAUCAUGCCAAACCAAACCGAACAAGGUGGCAAGAGUCCUCAGGGCGCGGUGAACGGUGGCAAUAACAACCAACGUAUCUCGAUUUUGCCUGGAAUGCGCUUGUCGUCGUGCACUUGCCCCGGUGAAGACCACCCUGGACCGAGCAACAAGGUUGCUCGUAUGGCUCCCGAGAUUGAUAUUUUGGAAUUGCAAGUCGACGUGAAUAAGGGGGGAUCGUACGCUUCCCAGUCCUUCCAGAUGGCGCCCUUUGACUACAAAUACGACUGGAACGCGAACAAAUCGUCGUACCACAUAUUUAACUCAAAGAUCACGGAUGAGAAUACGUACAAGGGUGGCAACCUGCAAGAGGCCGUGUCUUGUGUGACCAGGGUGCCCGAUGAAGCCUUUGAAGAGGCCGAAGCGGCCACGUUCACCACAAUGGGAAUGGAAUACGUGCCCGACUUUGACAACACGGGACAAGGUUACAUCACCUUCUAUGUCAAUGGAACGCGCUCGUGGACUAUUCUCUCGGGUGUGUUGGACCCGGAUGGUCCGACCGACAUUGGCAACCGUAUCUUCCCCAAGGAGCCGAUGUCGAUUAUUAUGAAUCUGGGUAUUGCCGAUGGUUUCCAGCAAGUCAGUUGGAGCGGCAAGAACAAGGUGGAUUUCCCUGCCAAGAUGAGGUUUGACUAUGUGCGCGUCUACCAGCCGCAAGGCACGGAUCCCAGCCGCAUGUCGUGUGAUCCCCCGGACUACCCUACCAAGGACUAUAUUAACCGCCACAAAGACCUCUAUUACAACAACAAUCUCACCUAUUACACCAACGGAUCUGUGAAUAACAAGCAGAACACCUGGCCCAUGAACAAGAUGACGGGCGGGUGUUAG